AUGUCUCUUGGUAUAAAUAAACCGCAUUUUUUAAAAUCUUACGAAGUAAGAUUGAGAAAAAUGUUUCCGACCGCUGUUAAAAUUUAUCAAGAUUUUUCAGUGGGAUUAAAAUUUUUAAAAAGUGAUUUUAUUACAUUGUUCAGAGCGUUUAAAAAAAUAACAUCGUGCGGUUUAAAUUCGUUGACGAGAAAAGAAUUAGAAGUUUAUUAUGAAUUACCUAAAGAUAUAUUAAGAACAGCUCCUGUGAUUUUUAUAGGAGCUGUCGUUCCUUUUGGUGGUAUUAUAUUUAUUUUAGGUUAUUAUUUUCCAAAACAUUUACUAACUCAUCAUUUUUGGUCGCAGCAACAACAAAACGAAUUCUCAUCUCUGAAACAUAAAAAAACAAUUUCGUCUUAUACCCCAGUUUACAAUUGUUUAGAAAGUAGACUAAGUGUCAUUAAAGACACAGAUUUAUGUUUAAAAAUGUGCAAUCUGUUAGAAAAUAUUAAAAGCAAUGUUCAUCCUAAUGCCAAAUCGAUUCUUUCGGUCAAAUCACUUUUUAAAGGAGUCCCAUUCGGUCUCAACCAUAUGGAAUCUUAUCACAUUAGCAAAUUAUUAAAUUUAUAUAACAUGCACAAGGGAUGGAGAAGAAGAGAAAGAUUAUACAUGAGAGCCAAUUUAGUUAAAUUAAUGGAUCUUGCUAUAAUCAAAGAGGGAGGACCUGAAAUAUUAAAUUUACACGAUAUGAGAUGGCAUUGUUUUUUCAGAGGAUUAAAUCCUAUCAACAUGAACAAUGAUGAAUUAUUAUUCUGGUUGAGAAUGUGGUUGGAAAUAUCGAGGGAAAUUGAUAAAAAUUCAUAUUCAUUAUUAUUACAUUGUCCUGUUUUAUUAGGAUUUAAUAAACUUACAAAUAAUCUCCAUUUUGUAAAAAAUGAUAAUAGUAAUACAUCUAAGUAA